AUGGAACCACCUCCUCCCCGCCGGACGGGUCUCCGGUCACCAGUGCCUCCCGCCUCUACCUCUGCCUCCCAGAACCCAUCUCGCUCAGGCUCAAAGCAGAGCUCUCGACCAGGCUCAAGCGGAAGCGAGAGUUCGGCGUCAUCCAGUCUCUCGGUGGUGAAACGAUCACCAUUUCUCCAGCAGCUACCGACGUUCACCUCCCAUAACACUAGCAACAAUGCUUCUGCGCCCUACCACACAAGGCCGUCCGCGCAAUACAUGCCCCGAGAUGGGGCCGGGAAACAGAACCUACUUCCCCCGAGCGAACUUCAGAAGCAUCGCCCUCGACAGCAUUCCCAGGGCUAUUUCGAACCCUCGAUGCCCUCUGCCUCGCUGGCAAGCCAGUCCGCCCUUCAUGACAACCCCGGGUUUCAUGGACUUACACCGUCCCAGAUUGCGGCGCAGGCUGCCAUGCAACACCUCAAUGCUGCCAACCACAACCGCAAGCGUUCCCAAACUGUUCCCUUUCCACAAGAGCAGAACCAACAGGAGUCCCGCCGGGACAGCCGAGGGUCAACGGGGUCUCAUGAUGGGCAGACGUCGCCUGCGGCUCCGGACCAACAAUACCGCAAUGGCCUGGUUGGCACCAACGCUGCGGCAACAGCUGCAAGUGUAGUCUUUCCACGCAAUGUUGCCUCGACUACUCAUGUGCCGUCGGUGGAAGAAGAGAAAUCCAAGAAGGGUUUGAAGAGAUUCAGGCCGAAACACAUUGUCCUUUCUAGGGACAAAGACAAGGAGGCCAAAGAGAAACCCCCACAAUCGCCGAACAGACAUGCCCCCAGUGGCCUGUCCAAGGUCAUGAACAUGAACGCCUCGACUGCAAGCUUGGCUGAUUCUCUUUCCUCUAACAAUUCUUCUUUCUAUCAAAUGGCCAACCCGUCAUCAUCUACCAUUGUGCCUCAACCAGAAGCGAAGGAGAAGGCACACAAACAUCAUGGCUUACGACAAAAGCUCAAGCUGAAGGAUAAAGACGAUUCAUACGCGCUUCCUCUUUCUUCUGCUAACUCGAAUUCGAGGCCGGUAAAUAUCAAUAAUCCACACUCACUCUACUCGUUCGCCCCUUCGUCUCCCGCCCCCUCCUCCAGCUUUUCGAAGACAGUUUCUGGCCUCGACCUCCGACAUGGAGGCCGUGCACUACGUGAGAAGAAAAAGGAGGAAAAGGCUCAGGCUCUUGCAACUUUGGAACCUGUCUAUAGUCGUGGCGAAAGCGAUACAUCUGAAUUGCCCUCAUUAAGCACCAGCUUUCCCAAUACAUCUGUGACCAAUUUCAACGCACAUAGCGAAGUGAAAGAGGCUGGCGCGAAUUUUGGUCUCCACAACAUGUCAGCGGAUGACGCCUGGGCUCUACUAAACUCCAAAAUCCUGGUGAUUUUUGAGGGAGAGACUGUCCCGAUUGCAGUAGAGGACCUGAACAAACUGGUGAGCAUUCAUGUCCAGCGAUGUGUGCAGAAGAGAGAUCCUAGCAUUAUCAUCGGGGACCUUGAAGACCUUUUGAAGACUGGCUUCCUCAGCCUCAACCACACUUUGCGUCAGGUCAACGACGAUAGGCUGGUCCCUCACCUCGUGAGCAUGUGGAUUCAGGUAUUCGGCACGAUCCUUCCCUUCAUCCAAGCAGUCUUUCUCCCUUUGGACCAGGACUUCAAGGGUCGAGGCAGCAUUCUGACCACCCCCAAGAUGGCCGCCGAGUUCUGGGGUGCCCUGCCAAGUGCUGAAUCUGGCAGCAAAUUAUCGUCAUCGCCUGCUGCAGGAGAUGGUGCAGAUUUUGUUGUCCCUGCUGGAGAAGAACUCGAAGUGAGACGGAUCCUGCUUAUCACCUUUCGGGAUGUCAUUAUCCUUCCACGGUUUGAGGUGUUGAAGGCGACCUUUUCUCGACUAAGUCUUGAGAGCAUAAAUGCGACCUUGGCACAUUUUGAUGCGGGCAAUAGGAAUCGUGGGAACAGCGGAGGCAGUGACAGACCGGGUACUGCACCAGGGGCGGAACCCAUUUAUGGCAGUUACAACUCUCAGAGCAGCACGCUGCUGGGGAGCGUCACCUCUGGAGGCAGGUCUCGAGCCGCCUCGAAUCUUUCGGUGGUGAGCAAUCCAGCGCAGGAUGUUGCCUUCCAAUCCUUCAGUUCCCCGCCGGCAGCGCGACCGACGGAUAGGUCUUCGGCCCAGGUCACCGAGACUGUCGGCCGGAUGCUUCAAUGCCUGUCGGUUUUGUGCUCGGUGCAAUCCGGAGACGACGCCCAAGGUAAAAUGGAAGAGCUCAACCGACAGCUCAAGCUGAACUGGCUCGGUCGUGGUCGUACAGGGCGCAACAGGAAGGGGUUUGUUGGCAGUAGGGUCAGGCCCAUGGGCAGCGUUGGGUCCACAAUACGCGAGCUCAAUCGUGACGGCAGCCCAACGCCGACGCCCACAAGACAAGGAACGGUCAGCAGACAAGGCGAGGAUGCUGUAUCUCGAGGAGAGUAG